AUUUAAAGUGAUAGAAAUUUCAGUAAAAUAAUGCAAUUCUAGGUUAUGUAAAAUAUACUAACAGCUUGUAAGUCGGAUCGAAGUGAUAACUGAUUAUUUGUUAAAAGAGGCCCUUUCUAAUUUGGCCAGGCCAUAAUUUUGUAUAUAAAUGCGAAGCGAUGGGCUCUUGCCAGAGCCAGGAAGCUCAGGAGCAACUUGCUCGAAACAAGGCCAUCGAAAAACAACUGAACCAGGAUAAACGUACUGGUUCUUCAAUCGUCAAGUUACUACUGCUAGGAGCUGGUGAAUGUGGCAAGUCAACCGUACUAAAACAAAUGCAGAUUCUUCACAGCAACGGUUUCACGGAAGAUGAAAUCAAUGAACGUAAAGCAGUGGUUUACAAUAAUACGGUGACAUCGAUGUAUGCAAUAUUGAAAGCAAUGGACAACAUUGUCCACAUUCCGCUCGAGGAUCCCUCCAAAGAAUCCGAAAAACAAAUAGUUUUUCGAAUUGUGGAGGCUGGCGAUGAAUCCGAACCAUUUACGGAUGAACUUGCUAAGGCUCUUGUCUCAUUAUGGAAUGAUAAAAACGUUCAAAAAGCUGCCGAUAUGCGGAGUGAAUAUCAACUCAAUGACUCUGCAAAAUAUUUCUUGAAUUCAGUGAUGAGAAUACAUGAACCCGGUUAUCGGCCUACUGAACAAGAUAUUCUGUUUAGUCGAGUAGCAACAACUGGUGUCGUAGAAGUUAAAUUUAAAAUAAAGGAACUCGACUUCAGAGUAUUUGAUGUUGGUGGACAAAGAUCAGAACGUCGUAAAUGGAUCCACUGCUUUGAUAAUGUAGAAUCGAUUAUCUUUAUUACGGCUGUUAGUGAAUAUGACCAAGUGCUUUUCGAAGAUGAAACUACGAAUCGUAUGAUCGAAUCGAUGCAAUUAUUUUCAUCAAUUUGUAACAGCACGUGGUUUCUUUCGACAGCAAUAAUUUUAUUUUUGAAUAAAAAAGAUUUAUUUGCUGAAAAAAUUCAACGUGUCAAUAUCACCACUGCCUUCCCGGAUUAUGAAGGUGGCCAGAAUUACGAGGAAGCAAUGAGUUUUAUAAAAAUGAAAUUCAGCGAACUGAACUUAAACCCGGAUAAAAAGACAAUUUAUAUGCACGAGACGUGUGCAACGGAUACCAAUCAAGUACAGUUAGUUAUAACGAGUGUCAUUGACACAAUCAUACAGAAAAAUCUCCAGAAAGCUGGGAUGAUGUGAUUAAAAUACUACUGCACUCUGAUUCCCCUUAGUUUUUGUUGAGUAUUGUGAUUGAUAUAUUUUGUAAAUAAAUAAUGCACUUCACCUAUGAAGGUUUGUCGAUUUCAACUCCUAAGGCUUCAAAGUCUUUUUACUAGAAC